UGUUCUCUCGUGCUUGAGUGAUCAAUCAUCACCAAUAGAAAUAAUAAUAUUCAUAGCCUCUCAUGUCCACAUGCACAGCCUCUGUCUCGCUGAUCAGUCAAAAGAGCAUUUCCUUCACAGCAUUCCAAGCCCUUUGGAUUCCUGGCACGAAUAGGAUAUGCUCCCUCGGAUCUAAUGACACCGGAUUUGGCGUCAUUCAAGUCCAUGCUCUGACCACUAAUCCUCUUUCCUCCCCCAAGGUCUCUUCAACAGCAACAACAGCAACAGCAAAGACUUCGGAUCAUGUUAUUCCAACGCUGCUUCUUCACUCUGAAACCGAGAAAAGAGUACAGUUUAAGUCUGGUACAUUUCGUGCCAGUGCACGCUCCUCCUCCUUACCCAAUCUCAUCACCGGCGACUUUGAAGGGCACGUUGGACUUUGGGAUCUCUCAAGAACAGAGGUGCCCCUAAACACUUUCAAAGCACAUGAAGACGUCAUCAACUGCAUGGAUGGAACUGGUUCACAGACAGGUCGACCUGAAUAUGUCACUGGAUGUCGUGACGGAUCUGUAAAGCUUUGGGACAUGCGUCAAAACCAUAAGGAGACAAAAGAAGUCCUACCCAUUUCUAACAUGUCUCGAACAAAGGGUCAAAAGGAGGCCGAUGCCUGGUCAGUAGCCCUUGGAGCCACGGGUAUGGACUCGGAUGACCUGUUGAUUGCGAUUGGUUACGACAAUGGGGAUGUCCGGAUGGUGGAUAUUCGAAUGUACCGUCCCAUCUUUGAGCGGAAUAUCGGUCACGGCGUUUGCUCCGUUGAGUUUGACAAGAGACAGGGUAAACCUAGUAUACUGACUGCAACGACAUUGGAUGGUACACUCCACACAUUUACUUUAGCAGUUGAGCAAACGACGGAGACAGCCGAUGUGAAAGAUAAUGUGAUCCAAGUGCAGUCUGGCGAAGAUAGUACGCUCUGGCAAGUUCGUCAUAUACCUCAAAGGCCUGAUAUCCUCACUGUAACCGAUGGGGGCGGCAAAAUCCACAUGUACAAACAUGGAGAAAAGGCAACAAAGGCAACAUCUCUUGGAUCACAAAAAAUGUCGACCCAAGGCAUCUUAUCACUCGAGUUUAACGAGAAUUUGGAAGGCAUGUUUGUAGGAUCUGAUCUAGACAAUAAUCUUCAAGUCGGAAUGAUCCAACUCUAAGUUCUAGCAUUAUUUUAUUUUUCUCUAUAUAUUUUCUUAAAAU